CAUAGCCAGUACUACUCGCUUCCUCGUCGUUCCGGAUGCAUACUAAUUUCAUCGUUUACUUUUGUACAAAUUCCACGCCUUUUACAUAGGAUCUCAGAGUCGCACCCUAGGUUUGCACCAAGAAAAUGCCUGUCAUACCACGAUUUAUCAUGUGGGGCACCCAUCUCAUCACACUUGUCGUUCCAAUUGUCUCGGCAAUACAGGUCACAAUCCCUCUUACCGCGCCUUUGGGAGCAGCACCACUCAAGGGGAACCUCGUUUCUCUUUCAAUCGAACAGGAUAGAUGGAAUGACUGGGCAGGAAUGACGGAACCGAAUCAAUUCUUCAACAACGUCCUUGAUAACUUUAUCCAAUUCACGAACACUCCUCCCUUCGUGAGAAUAGGUGCCGACUCGGAGGACCAUACUGAUUUCAGCUAUGACGUCGAGUACGAGGAAGAUAUUUUCCCUCCUCCGAGCACAAUCAGGCCAUACCCAGAAGCCACCAAUAUCACUGUUGGGCAAGGCUUCUAUGAUAUCAUCUCCCAUCUUCCCAAUGGGACGGAAGUUCACUGGGGCUUGAACUUGAGGGAAUACAACCUGACGGCAACCUAUCUCGAAACUGUCGCGCUCAUGAACGCAUUUUCUUCCCCUGCUGUUGUAGAGAAACACAUCGAUUUGAAGUUCAUCGAAAUCGGCAACGAGGCUGAUCUCUACCACCACAAUGGAGGCCGUAACAGCAGUUAUAAUGUACACGGAUAUGUCUCUGAGUGGGAGAAAUUUGCACAUAACGUAUCGAUGACAGCCAACCUUUCCCAGUUAUCGUGCACAAAAUUGAUCGGAGCCGCUUUCGCUGAGUCUUCUCACAACAACCUUAGCGGUUUCUCUCCGCAAGCUAUAUUCAAUCUAGGCAUCCUUGAAUCUCCUGCAGGUCAACUGAUCAACACCAUUUCGCAGCAUCAUUACAGUGGCUCAUUCUGUACUGGCGGCGGAGCUGUGCUGCAGGAUUUAAUGACCAAGAGUUAUAUUCGUGGCAAUUUAUCCGUGUUUAUCCCAGAUAUUAAAGCGACCUUGGCCAACGGUUUAGACUACAUCCUCGGGGAGACAAACAGUUUUAGUUGCCAUGGUGCACCUAAUGUUAGCAAUACAGCUGGCGCUGCCCUCUGGUUACUUGACUAUACUUUGUACGCCACACAAAUUGGCAUCAGUCGCUUACACUUCCAUGAGGGCAUUGGCUACAAGUACAAUUUGAUUCAACCUCUGGCGCUUAACUACUCAAUCCUUGAUGGUUCCCCGAUCGCGCCGCUGGCACCACACAUACAACCAGCAUACUACGCAGCUAUCAUCGCCGCAGAAGCUAUCGGAUCAUCUGGGGCCACGGAAGCAGUUGAAAUCUCUAUCGAUGAGAACAAUAUAUCAGGCUAUGCAUUUUAUGAGUAUAGCCGCCUCUCAAAAGCUGUCUUCAUUAACACGAUCGCGUACCUUUCCGGCGCUGGCGCGAGGAACUCAACCCACAUCGAUUUCUCUUUCACAGAUUUCGGAAAUACUCCUAAUAAUAUGUGCGUGAAGACGCUAAAAAUUGGGUAUGCUUCCGAUACCAGCAAUCUGACCUGGGGAGGUCAGACGUACGAGACUAGCGACGGUAGAGUUAGUGGACCUCUAAUUGUUGACGUCUUACCUAUCGGCUCUGGAGUCGACUUGCAAGAUACGGAAGCAAUCCUUGUUACGUUUCUUUGACCGAGAUGGUUUAACAUGCAACAGUUAUUAUAAUGCACAGUCGCCAGGACAAUUCUUCGUUGUGUUUGACGCUAUCACGUACAUGUCUAUUUUACAUACACAUUCACUGUAACACACAUUGCAUCCACUUCGUUCUCCAUUUUAACAAUCCUUGAAUAUUCGGUCUAUAAUAUUCCUUUCUCUCAGCCUUUCUAACUAGUAAGACUGAGGUGUCACCACUAGUUUUUUUUUGUCUCUCCAAUCAGUAGUGGUAGCGGUAGUUAUUUUAGAAGAAGCCCCAUUGGUGAUCUUAAGGUCUAUUUCACUCAUGCGCAUUCCCCACUUGACUCCUCCGAAAUUUUGCGAUUGAGUAAACUGG